GCUAUCAAAUAUUCCUCUCCUGCUUGUACGUAGCAGGAAAAAUGUUACAUUAAAUAUCCUUUAUUACAAUCUCUCCUUUUUCUCCAACAUUUGUUAAUUGUUUCAAUUAACACCUAUUCAUUAUUUAUAUAAUGGAGAAAAAGGUUGAGAACGCUAUGAUUAGCUAUGAUCCAAAAUCAAAAACAACCCUAGAUCAUAUUCCUCAACCCCAACCCAUUCUCAAGAAGGGAUCAUCAAAAGGAUCUAAGAAUUUCUUUAAGGUCGUUGUAUUCAUGUUGCGAGGGCAUUCUCGUAAAACAAAAUCGAUUAUGCCUAUUGAUAAUGAGUCUAAAAGCAUGUGGAAGAAGCUUUUGGGGUCCAUGAGACCUAUGCACCUUCAAAGCAACCAAUCACCACCGCAAAUUCUUAACGGUGAGAAUAACCAUAAAAAAGUGGUUAUUGAAAAUAAUGUUAAUAGCAUCAUUGAUACUCAAGGAGAGGAUGGGUUUCAUAAUGCAUCGGAGUUUCUGAAUUCGCCGUCUCCGACCAGAAGCUGCCUUGCUUCGGUGGCUAGUAGCCGCUACGCUUCCGCGGUGGGGCUAAGUGAAAUGGUUGAGGAGGAGAAAGAGGAAGAGAUUGUGGAAAAGGAUAAUAAUAAUAAUAAUAAUAAUAAUACUAAUGAGAAUGAUGAUGACAUGAUUGAUGCCGAUGCGGCGGGGCUAAAUGAAAUGGUUGAGGAGGAGAAAAAGGAAGAGAUUGUGAAUAAGGAUAGUAAUAAUAAUAAUGAGAUUGAUGAAGAUGACAUGAUUGAUGCCAAAGCUGAAGAUUUUAUUGCUAAAUUUUAUCGAGAAAUGAGGUUGCAGCGUAUGGAUGUACGUUACAAUGAGAUGAGUAUGAGGUCAUUAGGGUUAUGAUCUAGCUGAUUGCAAUGAUAUUCAUGAAUAUUGUGGUUUCAUACUUUGUCUAAUUGGGCAUGCAUGCAUGGAAACGAGAUCGAUUCAACCUCUUUCAUUCUUUUUGGUUUUUCUUUUGUGUGUAGAAAGAUGGGCCUGUAAACCCUUUCUUAAAAACAUAAAAGAAAAAGUAUAUAUGCGUGCGGAAAAAUGUAUACGUAUAUAUAAAGUGUUGUAACCUUGUUUUUAGAAGAAAAAAAAAUAUAAAGUCUUGCCAAAAUGAUCU